AGACGAACUGGACGGGCCGUUGGCUAGCAUCGCAGCAGCUGGCGGUCAAUCCACCCCGAACCCCGUUAGCAAUGCACACGUAGCAGACUAUCUUGACUCAGUUAGUCGGUUCGCGUGCCCAUGACUGCUUUGGUGUAGGGGCUACUCGGAGGGGAAAUCCAGGGCGCAAAGUACGAGUGGAGAGCUCCGCGGACAGUCUGUCGCAUAUAUUAAUUGCGAUCCGGGUCAUCUGCCUGUCUGCCUUUUUCCUGUUCAUCCUCAAUUCUUGUUGUAGUUGCAGGGAAGACAAUUUCGUCAAUGGAGACUGAUCGGGACUUUAGUAGCAUCGUCCAUUCACCGCCAUUUACUUUCCUGGUCGGCCCCAACCACACCAAGCUGACCAUUCAAUCUGGCCUCGCCCGUCAUGUCUCCCAACCGCUCGACCAUCUCAUGAACAGUGGGGAGACCCGCGAGUCGAAACACCACAUUGCCGUUCUGGAAGAGGAGGAUGUCGAGACUUUUGUCGCCUUCUGCGAGUACGCCUACACGGGCGACUACCGCGUGCCGCCUCCGGGGUCUCGUGAGGAGGACCGUGAGGAACAGGCUGUCAACAAUCCCUUUCGCGGUGUCUUCUCCAACGAUCCCUCCAGCCCAGCAGCCAUUCCCCCGCGGGCCCCGACACCCCCACGAUCGGGCGACCACCCCACCGGGGACGACAACGACAAGCCCCUUGACGAUGGGUGGAGUCGUCCGGACGAAGAGCACAGGCCUGCAGAAAUGGAGUCUGGGUUCCCAGGCAAGGAUGAUGACUGGGAGUGCGCGAUCGCCGAUGACGAGCCACAAGAGCCAGCACCUGUGACGAAAGAGCCCAGUGAACAGCCCCCUCCCACUCCCGCUGCUGAGCAGGCUGCUGAGCAGGCUGAUGGCGAUGGCUGGGAUGCGAUCGGAGAUGAUGCAUCCAAGGGGAAGAAAGGUAAAAAGAACAAGAAAGACAAGAAGAAGAAGAAAGGAGGUGCAGCAGAGGAGCCGGCGCACCUGACUCCCCCAUCCACGCCACCCCCGGCGACCUCGAAGCCAGAGGAGGAUGUCGACAUCCCUCCUGCUGAAGCCAGCGCGGUUGAAGAGGUGACUCCGGCUCCAGAGCCUGUGGAAAUACCUGAAGCUUCGGGGUCGGCUGAAGGUGCCACCGAGACGUGGGAACAGGCUGCGCCCACGCCCCCAGAAGACGAGGCGGUCGCUCCUAGCAAAGAGGACGAGAAGGAUCAUACCCAGCAAAAAGCGAACGAGGUAGUCAACGAUCACCAAGACGAGGGAGUCACCAAGCGACCGACUGGACCGAUGAUUGACACCUCCUUCGCCAGGCAGCCGUAUUCCCGAAUGCAGGAGAAAGGCACCAGUCUUUGGGACGACUUUGCAGCCAUCGACUAUGUCGACCCCCGUUCGGCUUUCGGUACGAGACCACCCAGCGUCAUGUCAUCUCGCUCUCCCUUCGAGCUGCCGUACUUGGUGUUUCACGCUAAGCUGUACGUCUUUGCGACCCGAUAUCUGAUUCCGGCGCUGGCGCAGCUGUGUCUGCGCAAGCUUCAUCGCGACCUGGUGUACCUGGGCUUCGCGGAAUCUGGCCCCGAGGCAGAGGACGAGGAACAGUAUGCCCUCAACCGCACCAAGUCCAGAAAGGUAUUGGAUCUGCUUCACUACACGUACACCAAGACCACUCGUCUGGAGCCGAUCACUCCCACGUCGGCUACCCAGCUGCGGGACAACGAGCUACGGAAGCUGGUCGUUCACUUUGCUGCCUGCAAGGUGCGCGAAUUGGCCGCGUACUCUCCUCCAGUGGACGGGGACCUGGGAUCGUCUUCGAGCAAGUCGCUGAAGCUGGCCGCUCGGGGGUUCCGUGCCCUGUUGGACUCCACCACGGAGCUUGCCUCGGACCUGGUGUAUCGGAUGAUGAUGUGAAUGUCCUUCAGCUGUUUCUGACAUCUCCGCUCUUUUCCAUGAUUUUCCUUCUCUAUUUUCCCUCUGCAACGUCAACCCAGCCCUACAUGUAUGAACAACGCACGACAGAUGACAUGAGAUGCAUGAGAUGCCUGCCCAGGUGUACGGGAUGAAAGAUCAGUGUAUGGCGGUUGUUUUCCAGGUUAUGCGCUCAUCGUUCCCACUGCCAACAACGAAUUUCCUUGUGUGAUUUGAGAUUGAAUGAUUAUUUGCUAUGAAUUCUCCGCUUGUCCAAGGCGGCACCGUACUGAUAGCGUAUUGUAUUUCACUUCUUG